ACCAAUAAAAAAAAGUCUUUCUCUUCUUCUGUUUCCUUCAUUCUAUUCAAUUUCAAGUCUCACCAGUUGAACAUUGUUCUCUUCCUCUCGCAUUGCACAAUUGUUUCACGAUCACCAACACAAAUGGUGAAAGCGAAGCAGUCUCAGGUGUGGCUUCGGAAAUCAUGGUGGAGGGUGUCGUGGCCGGGGACGCUGACGCUGCUGCUGCUUCUGACGUGCUCGUUUCUCAUUCUCAUUCCACUUGCUCUCCGCAUUCUCUCCACUCCCCAUGUCAACUCCUCCUCUGCUCUCUCCAAACCCAACGAUCUCAACUCCGUCCCUCGCAACACUCACGUCAGCAGCGAAGGUGAAAACAACCGGGUAAAGCGGUGGGUAGAAGUAAUGUCCUGGGAGCCGAGAGCUUUUCUCUAUCAUAACUUUCUGACCAAGGAGGAAUGUGAAUAUCUAAUUAAUACGGCCACACCAAACAUGCUAAAGUCACUAGUUAUUGAUAAUGAAUCUGGAGAGGGUAUAGAAACCAGCUAUCGGACAAGCACCGAAUAUGUUGUGGAAAGAGGAAAAGAUAAAAUUGUGAGGAAUAUUGAGAAGAGAAUAGCUGAUGUUACUUUUAUACCCAUAGAGCAUGGUGAACCACUUCAUGUUAUCCGUUAUGCAGUAGGACAAUAUUAUGAACCUCAUGUCGACUACUUUGAGGAAGAAUUUAGCCUUGUGAAUGGGGGUCAACGGAUAGCAACAAUGUUGAUGUACCUUUCAAAUGUUGAAGGAGGGGGUGAGACAGUGUUCCCAAUUGCGAAUGCAAAUUUUAGCUCUGUGCCUUGGUGGAAUGAGCUUUCUGAAUGUGGACAAACAGGACUUUCAAUUAAGCCAAAAAUGGGUGAUGCUUUACUUUUCUGGAGCAUGAAGCCUGAUGCAACUUUAGACCCAUUGACUCUUCAUCGUGCUUGUCCAGUGAUUAAGGGUAAUAAGUGGUCAUGUACCAAAUGGAUGCAUGCCAACGAAUACGAAACUUAAAUAGGCAUUACUAUAGGCGACGAUCCUCUUCUUCAAGAAACACCGUUUGAACUCGUGGAGCAUUGAUCGAGUGUGGGCAUAGGGGGACACAUAGAAAUGCAUCCGCAAGUCAAGGGAGCAGCCGUUGCUAUCUAUCAUGCGACGGAGGUGCUCGCCGGCGCGAAGGGACUGAGUCAUGCCUUGUGUCGUUGACUAAAUGUUGUGGUCGAGUGUGGUGGUGUAGGCCAUCUUGUCGCGAUUCUCCUACGACUUCCUAUGCCGCAUAUUAUUCUUGUCUUUGGAAGCACACCAAUCAUAUAUUUUCUCAU